AUUUAGAGUAUAUUAUUCAAUUCUCACUCCCGUCCUCAAGCUACAUCGUACAAACUACAAAGUAUAUUGAAACAGAGUAAAAAACCUCUGUUUCCAAAACAAAAUAAAUUCAUGAAUUAAAAAAAAAAAUUAAUCCGUAUAUUUAUUUAUUUAAUUAUUUCACUUGAAGUGUAUGUUGGGGAACAAAGUCAUUGACCACCGUAGUAGCCUCUCCCUCUCCUCCUCUUCCCCGGAGCAACCGCCUCAGAGUUUUCAAGUGGAGAAAAACUUGCUUGUAACCGGCGGGGCCGCCGCUAGCGGCGGCGGCGAUGGUCUUCCUCAGCCGCACGAUCAACCGGUUCCCAAUCUUGAUCUUGACCCUGCAGCAGCUGAAACCCCGGAGUUUGAUGAGCCAAAUGGACGGCGGCGGCGGCUGAGAAGUUCUCCUCCUCCUCCUCCGUUGAUGAGUCAGGGAGUCAACCUUUUUCAUUGACUUGUAAAUCAAGAACUGCGCCUUUC